AUGCUGACCCGCCUACAACUCGCAACGGCGCUCGCCUCGCUGUGUUCAACCGGUCUCGCAACCUCCGAUCUCCCCGUGUCGGUGCAGUACGAUGCCACCUACACCAUCCCGACGUCCCGCGGCGCGAUCUGUUCCGGUGCUGGCAAAGCGCCAGCCGGCACUGCGUGUCCAUUGAAGGGCGAUGUGGCAACGGCGGACUGUCACCCGUACCUCUUCUCCUUCGACGGCAAGCAGUGCACUGCUAAGGAGGACGCCGAGUGCGCUAUCGUACUCGGAGACACUUGGGGCUGUGUCUUUCCCUCGGUCUCUGGAACCACGGCGACACCGUGCCCAACGACCUACGAAUCCGGCACUCCCGACGUGACCCCUGCUGCCACCAAAGGCGGUUAUGAUGACUACAUCACCCCCGCACCGACCACGCCAUGCCCGGGUACCAAUCUCCCUAUGCCUACGGACAAUUAUUCGACUCCAGCGCCGACCACACCUUGCCCCGAAGGGGAAAAGCCUACACCAGCUCCGACCAAGGACACCGGAAACACCAUGCCCCGAGACGCUAGCACCGGAAACACCAUGCCCGGAGACGCCGGCACCAACGACGCCUUGCCCGGAGACACCGACACCGGAAACACCAUGCCCGGAGACGCUGGCACCGGAAACACCAUGUCCGGAAACGCCGGCACCAACGACGCCUUGCCCGGAGACACCGACACCGGAAACACCAUGCCCGGAGACGCUAGCACCGGAAGCACCAUGCCCGGAGACGCCGGCACCAACGACGCCUUGCCCGGAGACGCCGACGCCGGAAGCACCAUGCCCGGAGACGCCGGCACCAACGACGCCUUGCCCGGACACACCGACACCGAAAACGCCUUGCCCGGACACACCGACACCGGAAACGCCUUGCCUGGAAACGCUGGCACCGGAGACGCCUUGCCCGGAGACGCCGACGCCGGAAACGCCAUGCCCGGACGACGUGAAGCAGGUUAACGAUCAGACCCAGGGUCUAAACGAGCGUGGACGCGUUCUGCGGGCUUAAGUCACAUCCUGGUUGGCUCGCCUCCUUUGCUGUGCGUGAUAAGGCCCGCUGAGUAGACUGUGCCCAUGACGCUAACACAAAGGUCGGUAAACAGGGCUGCAUUCACUUAACGGGUAAACGAAAAUUUGUUGUUUCCUUC